GGAGCUCCCCCCACUGUUUUCCACGCGCCCAAAACCACGCGCGCGUACGUGUACAGGUGGUACUCGGCAGCGACGAUGACGGCACACUCCCAAGUCUCAAGACUCCCGUCCCCGGCCGGCAAAGUUCCGGGGCCGACGAACUCGCCCCCUAUAAAACCACCAGCCGCACGGCACCAUCUUCCUAACAAAUCCCAACAGGAGCCAAGCAGCCGAACGCAUCGAGCCACAUCGAUCCAACACACAGCUGUGAACACUGAACACACGCAUGGCGAGCGGGGGCGGCAAGGCGAAGGCGUCGUCGUGGGCGGCGGCGAUGAGCGUGGGCACGGUGGAGGCGCUCAAGGACCAGGCGGGGCUCUGCCGCUGGAACUACGCGUUCCGCUCGGCCCAGCAGCGCGCCAGGGGCGCCGUUGCUGGGACUGGCUCCGGCAGCAACGCGCACGCGCUGCCUUCGUCCUCCUCCGGUGGCGCCGCGGCGGCGGCCGCGAGGAGGAAAGCGAGGCAGCAGGAGGAGGAGCUCCGGACUGUCAUGUACCUCAGCAACUGGGGACCCAACAACUGACUUUAGUUGAUCAUAAGCAGUUAGGUUAGAUGCUAGCAUUAGUACUACUAGUAAUGUGUAUAGUUUGGUGUGCCAACUGUUCGUGUCGGCGUAUGGAUGAAGCAUCCAAGCUCCAACGUGUAUGGAUGAGCAUGUGUGCAAUGCAAAGUUUAUCAACACGAUGUCCAUUUGCGAAGAGCUUAGUGUUGCAUAA